CUGAGAGAAAGAGGGUGGAGAGAGAGAAGUUAAAGACCCAGGUAAGGAAAGGCUGGUUGAUGAAAUACGAAUCCCGCAGCAGGGAACGGAUAGGACGGGAGAUUAGGCUGGCGGAAGGACUCCUUCAUUCAAAGCUGGGCUACACAGUGGUAAGGACAUAGAUGAUGAGAAGGGCGGAAGCUGAUGGAUUUCAUGCCUGGAGGACUCUGUUUUCUUGGUGAAGUGGGGUAGGAGAUGGAUCGAAAGGCUUGAAGAGAGGAGCAGAGCAAAGGCUCUCCAGCUGCUGAGCAGCUCCAGGACAUCCUGGGGGAGGAAGAUGAGGCUCCCAACCCCACCCUCUUCACGGAGAUGGACACUCUGCAGCAUGAUGGAGACCAGAUGGAGUGGAAGGAGUCAGCCAGGUGGAUAAAAUUUGAAGAAAAGGUAGAGGAAGGAGGCGAACGCUGGAGUAAGCCCCACGUGUCCACACUGUCCCUGCACAGCCUCUUCGAGCUCCGGACGUGCUUGCAGACGGGAACAGUGCUGUUGGAUUUGGACAGUGGCUCCUUACCACAGAUCAUAGACGGACCUGAAGAGCCGUACACCCCUGGUUGCUCUGCCCCACCCCCACAAGGACAAGGGGUGCUUAUUUCCCACUCAGAUGGUGUCAUUGAGAAGCAAAUUGCGGAUGGCCUCCUGCGGCCGGAGCUCCGGGAGAGGGUCAGCUACGUCCUCCUGAGGAAACACCGCCACCAAACCAAGAAGCCCAUCCACCGCUCCUUGGUUGACAUUGGGAAGUCCGUCUCGUCCACCACAAAUCGCAGCCCAGCCCGGAGCCCCGCACCUGGUCCAAGCCUACACCACUCCACCGAGGACCUGAGGAUGCGGCAAAGUGCAACUUAUGGCCAUCUGUGUCACGCCCAGAGCAGAAGCAUGAGUGAUAUUUCUCGCACCCCAAACACAGACCAGCGGAAAAACAAAUUCAUGAAGAAGAUCCCCAAGGACUCAGAAGCCUCCAAUGUGCUCGUGGGUGAGGUGGACUUCCUGGACCAGCCAUUCAUCGCCUUUGUGCGUCUCAUCCAGUCAGCCAUGCUGGGAGGCAUGACUGAGGUUCCUGUCCCCACCAGAUUUCUAUUCAUAUUGCUUGGACCUUCUGGGAGAGCAAAAUCCUACAAUGAAAUUGGCCGUGCUAUCGCAACCCUCAUGGUAGAUGAUCUCUUCAGUGAUGUGGCAUAUAAAGCCCAAAAUCGGGAGGAUCUGAUUGCAGGGAUAGAUGAGUUUCUAGACGAGGUCAUCGUCCUUCCCCCUGGAGAAUGGGACCCAAAUAUCCGAAUUGAGCCGCCCAAGAAAGUGCCCUCUGCUGACAAGAGGAAAUCCGUGUUCUCCCUGGCGGAGCUGGGCCAGAUGAAUGGCUCCGUCGCGGGAGGCGCAGCGGCCGCAGGGGGUGCUGCUGGAGGCGGCGGCGGCGGGGCCGGCGCGGGAAGCAGCGGGGACGACCGGGAGAUGCCCGCCGUGCACGAGAUCGGAGAAGAGCUUAUCUGGACAGGAAGGUUCUUUGGUGGCCUGCGUCUGGAUGUCAAGAGGAAGCUGCCCUGGUUCCUGAGUGACUUCUACGAUGGCUUCCACAUUCAGUCCAUCUCUGCUAUCUUAUUCAUCUACCUCGGCUGUAUCACCAAUGCAAUCACCUUCGGUGGGCUUCUGGGGGAUGCCACUGACAAUUAUCAGGGAGUGAUGGAGAGCUUCCUGGGCACUGCCAUGGCCGGCUCCUUGUUCUGCCUCUUCUCGGGACAGCCUCUCAUCAUCCUCAGCAGCACAGGGCCCAUCCUCAUCUUCGAGAAGCUCCUCUUCGACUUCAGCAAAGGCAAUGGCCUGGACUACAUGGAGUUCCGCCUCUGGAUUGGCCUACACUCAGCCGUCCAGUGCCUUAUCCUGGUGGCCACAGAUGCCAGCUUUAUCAUCAAGUAUAUCACCCGCUUCACUGAGGAGGGCUUCUCCACCCUCAUCAGCUUCAUCUUCAUCUAUGAUGCCAUCAAGAAGAUGAUCGGUGCCUUCAAGUACUACCCCAUCAACAUGGACUUUAAGCCUGACUCCAUCACCACCUACAAGUGCGAGUGUGUCGCCCCUGACACAGUGAACACAACCAUGUCCAAUGCUUCAGUCCUGCUGGCACCAAAGACCAACAGCUCUCUGUACAACCCCCUUAACCUCACAGCAUUGGACUGGUCCCUGCUGAGCAAGAAGGAGUGUCUGUACUACGGUGGGCAGCUGCUCGGGAGUUCCUGCCAGUUCAUCCCAGACCUGGCACUCAUGUCCUUCAUCCUUUUCUUUGGGACAUACUCCAUGACCCUGACCCUGAAGAAGUUCAAAUUCAGCCGCUAUUUCCCUACCAAGGUCCGGGCCCUGGUGGCCGACUUUUCCAUUGUUUUCUCCAUCCUGCUGUUCUGUGGGAUCGAUGCCUGUUUUGGCCUGGAAACCCCCAAGCUGCACGUACCCAGUGUCAUCAAGCCCACGCGGCCUGACCGAGGCUGGUUCGUGGCCCCCUUCGGGAAGAACCCAUGGUGGGUGUACCCAGCGAGCAUCCUGCCCGCCCUGCUGGUGACCAUCCUGAUCUUCAUGGACCAGCAGAUCACAGCUGUCAUAGUCAAUAGGAAGGAGAACAAGCUGAGGAAGGCUGCUGGCUACCACCUGGACCUGUUCUGGGUGGGCAUCCUCAUGGCCCUGUGCUCCUUCAUGGGGCUCCCCUGGUACGUGGCCGCCACUGUCAUCUCCAUCGCCCACAUCGACAGCCUCAAAAUGGAGACGGAGACCAGUGCCCCGGGGGAGCAGCCCCAGUUUCUGGGGGUCAGGGAGCAGAGAGUGACUGGCACCAUCGUCUUUAUCCUGACUGGGAUUUCUGUCUUCCUGGCUCCCAUCCUGAAGUACAUCCCCAUGCCAGUACUGUAUGGAGUCUUCCUCUACAUGGGUGUGGCCUCCCUGAACGGCAUCCAGUUCUGGGACCGCUGCAAGCUCUUCCUGAUGCCAGCCAAGCACCAGCCGGACCACGCCUUCCUGCGGCAUGUGCCCCUGCGCCGCAUCCACCUCUUCACCCUGGUGCAGAUGCUCUGCCUGGCGGUGCUCUGGAUCCUCAAGUCCACAGUGGCUGCCAUCAUCUUCCCAGUCAUGAUUCUGGGCCUCAUCAUUGUUCGAAGGCUUCUGGACCUCAUCUUCUCCCAGCAUGAUCUGGCCUGGAUUGACAACAUCCUCCCAGAGAAGGAGAAAAAGGAGGCAGAUAAGAAGAAGAAAAGGAAAGGGGCCCAUGAGGACAGCGACGAGGAGGAAAAAGAUCUUCCAGUUGGAGUUACUCACUCUGAUUCUUCCUUCAGUGACUCGGAACUCGAUCGAAGUAUCACCCUGCACUUCAAGAUUUCCUGUCCAGCUUCACCUACUUUCAACUACUCACAGAGCCCAGUGUUCAUGGUGCCACAGGUGAAGAUAGACAUGGAGUCAGACUGUGACUUCACAGACAUGGACAGAUAUGGAAGCGAAGCUGGCAGUGAGACCACCCUCUAGGACCCCGCUUCCCCUAGAAAGGGUGAGGAGGGCAUGGUGUAGUCUUCAUUGUGAGUCUGGGCCAAAACCCUUCUCAGAGUCUGCUUCCUUAUUUAUACCAGAGUAAGUACUCUGCCUGAUAGAGAACUGGAGAGCUAUCCAUGAAAAGUCCUACUUUCAUGCAAAGCUCUUCUCAUCCAUUUGUAGUUAUGAACACAACUAAAGCUAAAUGUUAUACUUUAUGUUAAAAUGCAGUCCAGCGUAGAAAUUGUAACAUUUCUUGAAACGAAAAGAAUGCUUGCUCCCUAAAAGCAUAGCUAAGAUAAUGGGGCAAUAGUAAUUUUUAUUUAAAGGUUAGAUUUUAAUGUAUCUAGAUGGUCUUUGGAAGAACUGUUAAAAUGCUCAUACUUCAACAGACCAAGGCUGGAAAGUUUGUUUUGCAAUUUUGCAUAUUAAGAAACAUCUAAAAAAAAAAGUUCUGUCUUCUUUGCUCUCCAUAUUCUUCAGUUUUCUAAGGGUUGUAUGACAAGCUUGAACUACCUGCAUUACGGGCCUUGUCCCAGCACAGGAGUGUGACUGGGGCUUUCUUUCCCAUAUUGAGAAGCCAGUUCCAGACGUCUGUCAGUGAAAGAACCAACAUGUUUGAGUAGAUAAAUGUUUUUUUAAAGAGAGUUCUUGUUAAAGUGGAAUUUCAAACCACAUGUUAAAUCAACAAAAUGAUCCUUUAAAUUAAAAUCACUGGUUUUCACACUCAGGAAAAUUUUCUCUAUGUAUUCUGGCAGGUCCUUCCUGCAAGUUUUCAAUGGCCUAAUAAAAGUCAAAACUCCCGUUCACACUAACAUUGCAUGUUAGGCAGAGCUAAUGUCAAAUUUUGGAAGAUUGUAACUUUGCAGUUAUUAGACUAGUAUUUUAAAGGAAUGAUUGGAAGUAUAUUGGGUAAAUUAAACCCAUUAAUAAUGAAGCAAAUCCUUUCCUCAUGAAUUUAAGAUCAGUCUAUCUUCAACCCACAUUUAAUAAAACACCCACUAUGUGCUGGACGGCCACAAUGCAUUUGACAUUUAUCUGCUCUGAAACAACUAUACAUUUGAAUCUCGAGUAAAUCACUUUGGUUAGAGUUACUACAUUUACUCAAGACACAAAUGCAGGUGUGUUUUAUAGUCCUUUGUAUUUUUAAAAGACAAAAACACUAGAUCAUUAAUUAACACCCUGAGUACCGGGGUAGUUAACUGCCUCUGUAAUCCCCAAGGCCUAAUACAGUGCCUGAUACAUGGAACACUCUCAAUAAGUGUUUAUUAAAUAAAAUCUCAGCUCCUUUCCAAGGGAUACUGCCAAGAGGUAAAGCUCUAAACCUCUACCACUUCUGCUCACAGCAACUGAAUUACUUGGCUGCUCACUAAUCCACAAAUACCACCUGAGUUUAAGUAUAAAUUCUUUAUCUUCAUCUGCACCUGGGAGAGCUAACAAUCUACACUUAACAUUUCAGUUUUAAAACUUGGCUUAUUUCCAGUAUCACUUUGCCCAAACUGUAGAAAUGUUAUGGAUUCAGAAGUAAAUGUGCUUGAUCAAUCAAACAAAUUGGGAAACUAUGAUGCUAGUUGUUGUAAAUUGAUCGUUAUAGUUUUCCACUUUAUGUCAUUUACAUUUUGUAUAUACAUGAACAUUUUAAUUUCAAUAGCUUUUAACAAGUUGACCUAUUGUUACUUCUCCAUGCAUUAGGUCAGUACUUUUUUCCACUUGUGACUACAAUUAAAUAAAAUUUAAUCCUGUCUGCUCA